AUGACGACUGCUACACAGACGGAAAGUAUUGUGAAUUUUCAAAAUCUUCUCCUUUCUGUGGAGAAGCCCAGGAUGUAUUCGCUGCCUAAACACAUUGACAGCGACAUCACAAACCUUACGUCAGAGUACAUCAAUGGGAAGUAUGCUAAUAAAAUAUCCAAGCGGGAUAAAAAUGAUCUCAUAACCUGGAUUGGGGCAAAAAUUCAGAUGGAACGCCAAGGUGGCAAAGAUAAAGUUGAAACUGCCAUGAGAGAAAUAGAACGGCAACGACGCAUGGUUUUGGAACUCGAUGCAAAAAUCCAGGUACUGAACGAAAAAUUGAUGGCGGUUAUGCCAGAUAAUUUACGGGUGUAUAAUAGAGGUAAUCAAGAGGAUGAUAUCGGUUUUAGUCAAAUUGAACUUCUAGAGCGAAACGUUGGGAUAGUUUCAGAAAAAGUUGAAGCGUACAUAGAGGAACGAACGAGGUGCAUGGAGACACUAAACGUGGCCGAGGGAGGACAAAAAUCUCUAGACUGGUUGCUAAGGCAACAGUGGCAAGACCUCUCUCGGCAACAAGAAUCGGUGAAAGAGACAGAGGAAAAGUUUCACCGCGAAUUGAGCCUGCUUAAAAAUCAAAUCGAUGACUUCAAAAAGUAUCAACAGCAUAAGGAACAGAGAGAACGUAACCACCACCAUCAACAACAUCAACAACCCAAAGACAGCAGCAAUGUUCCACAGCAAUAUCAGCUGUGCAAAGAAAAUCAAAGAGUAGUGACAAUACACAUACAACAUGGUGCAGCAACCCAUGAAAACAACAUGAAGGUGGCGCCACAGUCAAAUCAAAAUGACCCCAAAACUGGCGAGAGAAGAAUUCCGUCCCUCACUCAGAGAGGGAGUAGUAAGGACAGCAUGCAGAGUCUGAAACGGCAUGACAGUAAGGAAAGUUUACACAGACGGGAGAAUAGUAAACAUAGCUUGAAACACCAAGACAGUAAGGACAGUUUACACAGGAGAGAACACAGUGUGGUGCACCAGGACAGCAAGGGCAGUUUGUCUAAGACUGACAAAACUGCUCAAUCGAAAACAGCCCAGGCUGAUGUGGACAGAAAUAAUAACUCUCGCCAAGGCAGUCCUCAAAAGUCAUCUCAGGUGCACGUUAAUAAAGUUGUCUUUACAAAACCAGUCAAGGUGAAGGACGUGCACCACCACGCCCCCGCACGGGGAUUGAGUAAACUUCCUCCUGUGAUGGAGAAACAGAAUGAGGCUAUCAAACAAGCACACGCCGCACGACAAGGCACAGGCCCCAAAGCGCAUGGAGCCGUACUUCAGUGUCUGCGAUGUCAUAGACUUUAUACUCUCAAAGACAAUCACAAGAUGGCAUGUCAUUUUCAUCCUCGCGGAAAGUUAAAGAUUGAGCGUUAUGACAGCGAGGGGAGGCUGGAAAGAGUGGAGUAUGUUUGGGAGUGCUGUAAACAGAGGGGGGAUGCGGCACCAUGUUGUCAUGGUGAACAUGUAUAAACAUUCCACGUUGCCAUGGUGAGCAUACCAAGAGAUUACAUGUUGUCAUGGAGAACAUAUUUAAACAUUACAUGUUGAAUUCAUUUUCUCAUUUAUUUUGUCUUUUAUCAUUUACUU